AUGUGGUUGGUGGGGUGGGGGGGGGGUGAGGACAGGGGUGAUGUGGUUGGUGGAGGGGGGGGGGUGAGGACAGGGGUGAUGUGGUUGGUGGAGGGGGUGAGGACAGGGGUGAUGUGGUUGGUGGAGGGGGUGAGGACAGGGGUGAUGUGGUUGGUGGAGGGGGGGGGGGGGGUGGAGGACAGGGGUGAUGUGGUUGGUGGGGGGGGUGAUGUGGUUGGUGGAGGAGGGAGGGUGAGGACAGGGGUGAUGUGGUUGGUGGAGGGGGGGGGGGUGAGGACAGGGGUGAUGUGGUUGGUGGAGGGGGGGGAGGGUGAGGACAGGGGUGAUGUGGUUGGUGGGGGGGGGGGUGAGGACAGGGGUGAUGUGGUUGGUGGUGGGGGGGGGGUGAGGACAGGGGUGAUGUGGUUGGUGGUGGGGGGGGUGAGGACAGGGGUGAUGUGGUUGGUGGAGGGGGGGGUGAGGACAGGGGUGAUGUGGUUGGUGGGGGGGGGUGAGGACAGGGGUGAUGUGGUUGGUGGAGGGGGGGGGUGA